AUGAACCUCCCACUCACGGACCCGUUGCUGCUGGCGCAAGAUAUUCCCGAGUCCCUCUCCGCUCGACUACGCAGCAGUGGGCAGGCAGUAUGCAUUCGCUUCUCGCACCGCGGUGACCUCCUAGCCAGCGGGACAGCCAAGGGGACUAUUGCCAUCUUCGACCUCGAGACCAAUGGCGUCGCCCGCAAACUACAAGGCCACACCACCGGCCGCACAGUGCAGUCCCUGUCAUGGGAGAAGAGUGGGCGCUACCUCCUCAGCAGCUCCAUAGACUGGAAGGUCAUUCUCUGGGACCUCAAAGACGGCAGCAGGGUGCGGGUAUGCAAUCUAGGCGCUCCAGUCUACAUCGCAGAACUACAUCCGCAGAACUGGCUGAUGUGCGUCGCGGCGCUUUACGAAUACCGUCCUGUGCUGGCCGACUUUACCGACGUCAAGCGGACGCACCAGCAUGCUCUACCCAACCUCCCCAAACGCGGCGCGCACGAGGCUGAGGCGUCGGAAAAGGCUGAUGCUAAGCACUUCACCACCGUCGCCGCCUUUACCCCCGGCGGCACGCACAUCAUCACCGGCACCACGAAAGGUUGGCUCAAUCUGAUCUCUACCUCUACACGGGAGACGGUCUACUCUACCCGCCUCUGCAGCAAACCCAUCCUCCUCAUCCGACUAUCAAGCUCCGGCCGCGAUCUCCUCGUCAACGCCUCCGACACCAUCAUCCGCACCAUCAAACUCCCCGACCUCACCUCCCCCACCCUCUCCCCCGACAACAUCAACCUCGAAGUCGAGCACAAGUUCCAAGACGUCGUCAACCGCCUCUCCUGGAACCACGUCGCCUUCUCCUCCAACGCCGACUACGUCAUGGCUUCUACUCUCAUGAACCACGACAUCUACAUCUGGGAGCGCGGGCACGGCUCGCUGGUCAAAAUUCUGGAAGGCCCGAAGGAAGAGCUCGGAGCGGUGGAAUGGCAUCCUUCGCGACCGCUGGUGGCAGCGACUGGGGUGGAGAGUGGGAGGGUGUAUGUCUGGGGCAUCAACAUGCCGCAGCGCUGGAGCGCGUUAGCACCAGACUUCGCCGAAGUAGAAGAAAACGUCGAAUACAUCGAGAAAGAAGACGAAUUCGACAUCCGCCCCGCCGAAGAACUCCAACAGCGUCGCUUAGACCAAGAGGACGAAGAGGUCGACGUCCUGACCGUGGAUGAAGAGCAGAUUGAGCGCGAGGGCGGCUUCAAGCAGGAGAGGGAAGACGAGUUCCGCAUGCCAGUGCUGCUGGAUAUGGGGGAGAGCGAUUCGGAGGAUGAGAUUGUGGCGAUUGGGACGGGGCAGUUUCGGAGGAAGAGCACGGCGCAGGAUGAGAUGGGGUUUGAGGAUGGGGAGGGGGAGGGGGCAGUGAGGGAGGGGGGAAGUGGACGGAAGAGACGGAGGGCGGAUUGA